AUGGCAGAUUCGGAAAACACAUUGGCAGAAAAUCCUCGAAAUGUGACACAACCUCAACCGAAAAGUGCUUCUCAAAUUCAGACGAAACAUCACGGGAAGCCAAAGUCGACCCGAAAGAGUCUGUUAAAAGUACGCACAGGAUGCAUCACUUGCAAGAAGCGCCACGUCAAAUGCGAUGAGACAAGGCCACACUGCAAUAAUUGUCUUCGAAGCCGCGGACAUUGCGCGGGUUAUGACAUCAAUUCGAAGAAACACUCUGGUCCGACUCAAAUAUGCUGGGACUCCAAGCAAAAUGGUCAACUAUCUGCCCCAAAGUCCAGCCUGCAGCUAGUCGUGCGUGCGUGCGACUUUGAUGAUCCCAUGGCUAUGCUGUAUUUUGAAGAGUUCUUGGGCUUGGUGCGAGGCCCUUGGAUCUCAGCAGUGUCAAACGCUGGAUUAUGGCAGGGAACUUUACCGCAACUUGCUCGCAGCAAUGAUCCCCUCCGAUGUAUUGCAAUUGGAAUCGGCGCACUAAGUGUUAACCACCGUGAGGCUCGUGCUUCAAAUCCUUGCAAGGGUCUGAUGGUUCCUCGCUCAAAAUUCGACGGCGAUACGCAUUAUCAAAGUGCCGUGCGAUAUUAUUGUCGCUCUCUCAAACUUCUCAGUGAGGUCAAUGCCAUUCAAGAUGUCAUCUCUAGUUCAGUGCUACUACUGUUCUUCGAAGUCCUCCGUGGGAACAAGAAAACUGCGCUGAACCACCUCAAUCACGGCCUAACACUAAUUCUCGCCCUGUUGACGGAUGAAACACACACCUAUCUACAUUUUGUGGCGCCAAACCCGAAGCCUUUCCUUCUAUCAGUUACCAGCAUACUGGCACUUUUGGCACCGCAGGCUCGCUUCGUUCUCCCUGGCUCUGUUGGUCAAGAUCGGCCGCUUCCUAAUUUUAUCAGAGGUCUCGAGAGCAACGGCCUGACUAUGGAGUCUUUCAUAACUCUAUUGGACCGGCUGUCACGGAGCACUUCAAACCACGUCUGUCCAUCUACGUUUACCACCCUCGAAGAAUAUGAAGAGUAUUGGUGGGAUGUUCGGACUAGAAACUCGGCAGUGGGCCCAAUGGCGGUCAAAAUCAUCAAGAACUCUGGUAUUAUGGGCUCUACAGAAGGGAACGCCAUUGAUGCAUUUUACAAGAAUCUUCUCGGUAACCCCGAGAUCCAAAUGUUCUGUGAAAAUUCCAGGAAGGCUAUGCAUACAUUGAGCGAUGUCUCGCUUCCGCUUUUCAACGAGAUCUUGACGUCCGACCCUCAGUCUGCGACCUACCUCAAAGCUAUUCAUCUACGAUUGCAGUUUCUCCAGGUUUAUGCCUUUGAAAAUCCACCACAAUAUUUCAACGCGGAUACUUUAGCCUUGCAAACCCCCUUGUUUCGCGAAUAUUUGUCUUUAGCAAGGAUUGCAUUGGGUAUUGCCAAGCGAGAAGUCCCGAAUAUUUCCCAUCACAUCUCUCUAGAAUGUGGGAUCGCGUGGCAUCUACUGCUCAUCGCUUUCUUCUGCCGCGACCCCUUGACUCGCGAUGAAGCUGUACAGAUGUUAAAAGACUAUCCGUGCCAAGACGGACUGUGGAAUGUACGAGCUCUCUAUAUACUGGCUCUGAAAACUCAACACGUGGAACGUUUGAAUGCGGUCGAAGGCACCUCAAAAGAGCAGUGGCAGAGAUUAUGGCGACGCGAGUACGUUUUCGAAGAUGGUGGUAAUGGAAUCGUCUUUCGCUAUCAAGAGAAAUCCGACGUUACGGGAUUUUGGCAAAUGGUGGAGGAAGUCACCCAGGUUCAAGGGGAAAUAAAUACCAUGAUUUGGACCAGACGGCCUCUCACAGGCUUUGGGGCUUUGACCAUGGGUGAUCUGGUCACCCAUCAAUCUACUUCUGAAGCCAAUAUAACAUGA